AUGCCUUAUUGCUUACAGCAGUGUGGUAUUCUUCUUGGUACUAUUUUGAUUGGACUAUGUUCAUUGCUCACCAAAGUUACGUGUCAUUUAUUGUACCAAGGCGCAGUUAUGACGCGGCGAAGAAGUCUCGAAUCGUUGGCGCUUCAUGCAUUUGGUACAGGAGGAAGGCGUUUAGUUGAGGUACUGGUAUUUUUAUUCGUUAUCUUGCCUUUAUCACUGUUUCGUAAUUUGAGCAGCUUAUCGGGUAUCAGUUCGGUUACUGUGUUCUUUUAUUUUAUUUUCGUUUUACGCAUGCUCAUCGAAUGCAUUCCGCGAAUUUUUGAUGGGAAGUGGAGCGCCGAUGUGCACUGGUGGCGUCAGGAAGGCCUGCUUACAAGGUUGGUUUAG